UGGUUGACCAGAUGCAGAUCAUUGUAGCCAGCCCGGCUCCUGCAGCAAUGUCCACAUAGCACUCACUUAGCUGUGAAAGUCCCAUUGACAAGGUUUGGACCUGUGGUGGCCGAUGAGGUACUACCUAAGGCUCUCAGAAUGCUCCUCUUUGGAUUUGUCGUCGUCCUUUCAAUGGCCUGUAUAGGAAUGGUAUUGCCACAAACUCUGAAAACCAAACGCUGCGAUGAGAAAAUAAAUCUAAAGACGGACUCUGAAUGUAUGUCAUGUGCCGCCUCCCUCAAGUAUUCCUGUCCUAAAGGUGUUGUGAAAAAAACCUCUGGAAUAGGAAACACUGGAUGCAGGUAUACCAUGAAUAUGGGAGGAGUAGUCCUAUCCUUGCAGGGCUGUAGCCACACAUGUCAGGGUAUGAUUGUACAACCAAACUGCUGCAAAGGAUGUUGGGGCUCCACAUGUGUUGAAUGUCCUGGAGGAUCUGAAAACCCCUGCAAUGGUCAUGGGACCUGCAUGGAAGGACUGCAAGGCAAUGGGACAUGUAUAUGUGACGAAGGAUUUACUGGUUUCUCUUGUAAGGAAUGCACUGACACUUCACUGUAUGGAGCAAAUUGUGACUCUGCAUGUCAGUGCCAACAUGGAAUUUGUAGAAGUGGAUCGUCCGGGGAUGGAAGCUGUAUCUGCGAAGCAGGUUAUAUGGGAUUGACAUGUGAUCAAGUAUCCUUAUCCUGCACGGAAAAGAAUUGUGGGCCAAAUAGCCGCUGUUUUGAGUCCAAAGGAUUGAUUAGAUGUGAUUGUAUGCCAGGGUACUAUAAAAAGGGAAACAAAUGUGUUGACAAGGAUCCCUGUAGACCUUCACCAUGUAGCCCGUACGCCACAUGCAAAUCAUCUGAGCCUCAGAAGUACACAUGUACAUGUAAACCAGAUUACUAUGGUGAUGGGAAAACAUGCCUUCCUAUUAAUCCAUGUACUGAUGAUAAUGGAGGGUGCAUGGCAAAUUCAACUAGAUGUGUAUAUAGAAGCCCUGGAAAGUCUUAUUGCAGUUGUCUGCCUGGAAUGUUAAGUCGAAAUAUUUCUUUGGGUUGUUAUAUACCCAACGUUUGUCGCAUAGGAACAUGUGGUAAAAGUGCACAAUGUGAAGAAGUAACUCCUGGAGUACACAGGUGUGUUUGUCAUGAGGACGAGAUUAGUGAUGGCAGAAACUGCUAUGGAAGCCUUUUAUAUGAAAUUCAGAGACUGAAUAUUGAAGACGUCCAAAUGAGGAAGCAGCCUGGUGCAUUAAGGCUAUUCGAGGAAGGAUGUGGAUUGACUUUGCGAAAAUAUGGUCCAUUUACAGUAUUUGUUCCCCUCAUGAAAAAACUUCACAUAAAUGAAACAGAAGCAAAACAGUUAUGCAAGGUUCACAUUAUUCCUGGCCAGUACAUGGCAAGUGAUUUGAAGAAAAUUAGCAAAAUGUGGACAAUGAGCGGUGAAUUGCUGGAAUUUUCUCAGCUGGAAUUUACUAAAGCCUCUGAACCUGACAAAAAGUAUAAAAUUGUAAAAACGGACUUGCCAGCAGCCAAUGGUAUUUUACAUGUUAUUAAUACACUUAUAACCAGCAACAAUGUGGAAACCAUUGGCAACCCACAAAUGACAAUAGGUGACAUUCUUGCCACUACAGAAAUGUUUAGCAGGUUUGAAACUAUGUUAGAGAACUGUGACCUUCCUGCAAUAUUAAAUGGUCCUGGCUCCUUCACUGUAUUUGUUCCAACUAACAAAGCUGUGGAUUCUUUAAGAGAUGGGCGAUUAAUCUAUCUCUUUACUGAGGCAAAACACAAACUACUGGAGCUGGUUAAACACCAUAUUACAUCUGCGGCUGCUGUUUCUCUAGACAGGCUUAUUAUUAUGCCACAUAUAUUGACUUCCUCAGAUGAAGUUAUUAAGAUCAAUGUGACAGAAAAUGGGAGAAUCCUAUUUGGAAAUGAUGGAAUCCCUCUUGUACACAGUGAUAUAGUUGCGUCUAAUGGCAUCAUCCACGUUUUGGAUGGAGUUUUAAUACCUUCCUUCAUAUUGCCAAUUCUGCCAGCUAAAUGCAAUGAGACAGUGGUAGAAGUUAUACAGGGUACAUGCUCCAGCUGUGACUCCGUACUCCCCUGCCCGGAUGGUAGUACUGACAUGGGAAUUAUUAAUAGAGGAUGUAUCUAUGAAGACCAAGGCAAUAUCACUAAAGGCUGUACUAGAAACUGCAGCCGCUCUAUAACAGUACAUGGAUGCUGCAAUGGUUUCUAUGGUCCUGACUGCAGGCCAUGCCCUGGUGGAUUCUCAAAUCCAUGCUAUGGACGAGGACGUUGUAAUGAUGGUAUCAAUGGAAACGGAAAGUGUGCAUGUUAUCAUAAAUAUAAAGGCAUCGCUUGUCAUAUCUGCACUGAACCCGAUAAACAUGGAGAUGAAUGUGAAGAAGAGUGCAGGUGUUUGCAUGGAGUCUGCGACAAUCGGCCGGGGAGCCGUGGAGUUUGUCAAGGAGGCCGCUGUGAGAACGGUUACGUUGGAGAAUUCUGCGACCAACAUUCGGAACCGUGUACAUCUGUAAACAUGACCCAGUUCUGUCAUAUUAAUGCAUUGUGUGUACCUAAGGGUGACACUACAAGCUGUAUGUGUAAGAAUGGAUAUGAAGGAGAUGGAACUUUUUGUCAACCUUUAAAUGAAUGCAGAAUGCCAGACAGAGGGGGAUGUUCAGAAAAUGCGAUCUGCACCAUUGCACCAACUGGUGGGGUUCAAUGUCAGUGUAAUCCUGGCUGGACUGGAGAUGGGAUAGAAUGUUUACCCAUUGACAACUGUGUCCUGGAGAAUAGAGGAGGCUGCCAUGAGAAUGCUGACUGCAGAUUUACCCAACCAGGGGAGAAUGACUGUGUAUGCAGGAAAGGAUACACUGGCGAUGGAUACUCCUGUGACCCAGUUAACAUCUGUUUAGGCAACAAUGGUGGCUGUCACCAAAUGGCUACCUGUAUACCAACUAAAGGAGGAGAGAGGACAUGUGUCUGUCCCAUUUGGCUUGAGGGGGAUGGGAUCACCUGCUACUCAGAUGUAUUGAUCGAACUAUUGAGAAUCCCAGAUGUGAAUAUUUUCAAUGACUGGAUAAAGAAAUCUGAAGUCUCCAUUUCACGUGCAAGCAAUGUUACAGCUUUAGUGCCUACGGAUGCAGUCAUUGGUGCCCUUUCUGAGAGUGCUAGAAAAUUUUGGCUGGACAAGUUGCCUUUUUUAGUCAGGGCACACUUUCUCAGAGGAGCAUUCACAUCUGAGCAACUUAAGAAACUUAUUGGUCAAGAAUUGGAUACAAUUGACCCAAGGACAAAGUGGGAGAUUGGUUCUUUAAAGGGUAAUAUAACAGUAAAUAAUGCAAGUAUCAUUGUCCAGGACAUUCCAGCAUCAAAUGGAUAUAUUUUCAUUAUCAACCAGGUUUUGAUCCCACCACUGGGAGCCAUACCCCCAGCACGGCCAGGUCUUUCCCAAACAUUAGAGCAAAUUCCUGAAUUUGAACAGUUUAAGCAGGCAAUCCAGAAAAUUGGACUUAUCCAGGAAAUUGAAUCCAGCAGACAGAAGUACACAAUUUUCGUGCCGAAUAACUCUGCUGUGACAAGGUUUUACAAUCAGUCUGGAUUAGCCAAUCUGGAUAACAGCACAAUAAAAUAUCAUGUCAUACUUGGAGAGAAACUUGCACCGUCAGAUUUAAGAAAUGGAAUGCACAGGAGCAGUAUGCUGGGAAUCUCUUACUGGCUGAUGUUUUACAAAUGGUACAACCAGACAUUUGUUCACGAUGCUCCACUGGACGGCAGCUUCUUUGAAACUGACAAUGGAAUGAUAAUGGGAAUAUCUGAUGUGAUAAAGAUCCUAAAAAAUCGCUGUGACACCUCUAAAGUUAUUGUGAAUAAGACAAGAUGCGGCCACUGCGACAGAGGAAUUAGGUGUCCACAAAACACAGUUCUUCAGGAACCACUAGGAAAAGGCUCAGGGCCAUGUGUGUUUAGAAGAAGGUUGCCAGGUUGCACAUUCAACUGCAUUUUCACUGAAGUUGAUCUUCAGUGUUGUGAAGGGUUUUAUGGACACCAGUGUCUAGAAUGCCCAGGUGGACAGAACAAUGUCUGUUCCAACAAUGGAAAGUGUCAAGAUGGGAUCGCUGGAAGUGGAGAAUGUAUAUGCAAAGAAGGUUUUCAUGGAACGGCUUGUGAAACCUGCGAGGCUGGAAGAUAUGGAAAAGACUGCGAUGCAGAGUGUGACUGUAUUCAUGGGAAGUGUAAUGAUGGACUCCACGGAGAUGGGUUCUGUCAGUGUGAUAAAGGAUGGACUGGCUAUACCUGUGAAAUAGAUAUCAAAACAGAUUUGUGCAAUGGCAGCUGCAGCAUUUAUGCCUACUGCAUUACAAAUGGUACAAACUCCGCUGUGAGAUGCUCGUGCCUCGCUGGCUUUACAGGGAAUGGGACAUAUUGCACAGAAAUAGAUCCUUGCACUGUGAACAAUGGAGGAUGCUCCAAGUAUGCAAAGUGCGCUAGAGGUCCCUUGGGGCAGCCACGUUGUACCUGUAUGGAGGGUUAUAAUGGAGAUGGGUUUUUCUGUCUCGAAAUUAAUGCGUGUCUGGAAAAUAAUGGUGGCUGUCAUUACAGAGCUGAAUGCAUUAAAACUGGGCCAAACAAGGUGGCGUGCAGUUGCCCACCAGGGUAUGAAGGAAAUGGUUCAAUUUCAUGUACAGAAAUCAACAUUUGCAAAGAGAAUAAUGGAGGCUGUAGUCCGUAUGCAAUAUGCAUAAAUAUUGCCCUAGGAAGACGCUACUGCAGGUGUAGGCCUUUAUUUUUCGGGGAUGGCUUAACCUGCAACGGACGGAUUACUCAGGUGCUUCAAAGUGAUAGAAAAACAUACCACUUUUACUCUCUUCUGCAGAGAAAUGUCAUAGAGGACUUAUCAGAAAAAGGAACUUUAACUGUUUUUGUCCCACUCAGAGAGAUUCUUGAAAACAGCACCACGAUUAAGGAGUGGUCGGGAAAAAGUCUUAUGAAGCAUUUACUACGCUACCAUAUAGUGGGAUGUAAGAAGCUUCUUAUUGAUGAACUUCAGACAAUGUCAUCUAUGACUACAACUUCUGGAGAAACCAUACGCUUAUCUACAAAGAAUGGUGAGGUGUAUUUAAAUGAUUUGGCAAGAAUAACAAAGAGUGAUCAACUAGCAACAAAUGGAGUAAUCCACAUUAUUGACCAGGUUUUGAUCCCAGAAACUCCUGUAAACAGUUCAGAUAAGGUAAAUAUAACUGAAGUUGCUGAUUUAUAUGGGUAUUCUAAAUUCAUCCAACUUCUAAAGGAUUCCAAUCUGAUGUCUGAGGUUAUGGAUAAAAUGCACCUACCAAUUACAGUGCUGUGGCCUUCAAACAAAGUCUUUGAUUCUCUUCCUGAAGAACGAAAAGUAUGGCUGUACCAUGACGACAACAAAGACAAGCUGAAGGCGUAUUUGAAAUUUCAUAUUAUCAGGGAUUCAAAGAUCUCUGCAACAAAACUAAUGGAAAAAACCUUACUUAGGACUCUUUACGGUUCAACUGUGUCCUUUCAGUGCAGCUCAACCAUCGUAGGGGAAAUUCUUGUGAAUGAUAACAGUGCUAAAAUCAUCCAAAGAGACAUGGAGUUUGAUGGUGGAAUUGCCCAUGGAAUUGAUCAGUUACUGGAGCCUCCCAACCUUGGAGCCCGCUGUGAUGAAUUUACUGCAACACCUAGACCAUUGAUGAUGCAUUAUUGCUCUACAUGUGGCUUUGAGCGGUCUUGUCCUUCUGGAUCGGCUGAUCGGGGGGAGAUAGAACCUUGCCAAAAGUACGGCUUAUCUCGUUGGAAUCGGUAUAGUUUGCAUUCAAGAGAUAUUUUCUCAGAUUAUUCUCCACACUCAAUUGGGUGCAUGAAAAAGUGUUACACCUUUGUAUGGGUCCAACGUUGCUGUAAAAACCAUUAUGGAGGAGAUUGCCAUGUAUGUCCUGGUGGGUUGGAGGCUCCAUGCAGUAAUCAUGGAACGUGUAAUGAUGGAAUGUCAGGAAAUGGGCAGUGCAACUGUUCCUUAGGAUUUAAUGGGACUGCUUGUGAAACAUGUACCCCCAACAGAUAUGGCCCAGAUUGUAAAGAGUGUUCAUGCACAAACAAUGGUCAGUGUAAUGCGGGGAUAUCUGGAGAUGGAUCAUGUUACUGUGCUGAAGGAUGGUCUGGUGAAAAAUGUGAAAUCAAACUACCAACUACACCUGUUUGCUCUCCGGAAUGUGAUGUUAAUGCCACAUGCAGAGCCCAUAAUGAAUGUGAAUGUAACCCAUUUUAUGAGGGAGAUGGAAUAACGUGCACUGUAAUCAACCAAUGCAGCACCUACAAUGGCGGCUGCAGCAGCCAUGCAAAGUGCAUUCAGGUUGGAAUAAAGGUCUCAUGCGAGUGCCUUCCGGAAUAUAAAGGAGACGGUUUUAUCUGUACUCCAAUCAAUCUCUGCGUUGAUGGAGAAAAUGGCGGAUGUAGUGAGCACGCAACAUGCAUCUAUACUGGUCCAAAAACACGCAGAUGUGAAUGCCACGAUGGUUAUGUGGGUAAUGGUGUCCAGUGUCUCGAAAAAGCUAUUCCGCCUGUGAACCGUUGUCUAGAAGGAAAUGGGGGGUGUGAUCCUCUGGCCACCUGCGAAGAUUUGCAUUUUGAAGAACAAACUGCUGGGGUAUUUCACUUGGAUUCACCAAGAGGGAGAUAUGAGUACAAGUAUGAGGAAGCAGAAGCUGCCUGUAAGGCGGUAGGAGCCACCAUUGCCACCUUUGAAAACCUCUCCGCUGCCCAACAGAUGGGUUAUCAUGUCUGCGCGGUGGGAUGGCUCUUUAAUAGGACAGCUGGUUAUCCCAUAGUGUAUCCCAGUGAAAAAUGUGGCUCCAAUCACGUUGGAAUUGUGGAUUAUAAGCAGAGGGCAGACUUAACAGAGAAAUGGGAUGUAUAUUGUUACCGUGUCCAAGACGUACGUUGCGACUGUCCUGAGGGUUAUGUGAUUGAUGGAGGUGUCUGCAGUGGAAACCUGCUACAAGUUUUGGAAGCAAAUCCUCGACUGUCAAAAUUUUACUCCAUGGUUCUUGACUAUGGCAGAGUCAACUCCCAGGGUGCAGCAUUUAUAGACAUCCUAUCAAACCAAACCUCAUUUAGAACCUUAUUUGUUCCAGAUGAUGACAGCUUGGAUGAUAAUGUAACUUUAUCAUGGCGGGACUUGGAGCAUCACAUGUCUAAACUGAACAUAUUUGUGCCCUAUACCGAUCUUACCCAUGGGACCACACUGCUUUCCAACCUAGGCUACAACCUUUCAAUCUCACAUAAUACUAGUUGUUCCACAACCCCAUGUCCUAAGAUUGUAAAUGAUAAAGUAAUUCUUCACUGGGACAUCCUGGCCUUUAAUGGGAUAAUCCAUGUAAUAAAAGGACCAUUGAUCGCGCCGAUGCAGGAUAUAGCCGAAACCCAAAUCUCUCACCCGGUUACUACGGCACUGGUCAUAGUUAUCGUACUCCUGACUGUGGCUGCAGUGUCUGCUGGCUUCUUCUACUACAGGAGGAGUACCGAGGGAUUCCGCUUCAGGCAAAUCAAGGAGGAAGUUGAAAAUGACAUAGAUUUACAAAAUCCACCACUGGUGAAUAUCCCUAAUCCGGUAUAUGGAGCCAGCACAUCCUUCUUAGAUCAGUUUGAGGAUGAAGAAUGUGAGAGUUCUGAUGUCUGCAACAUCCUUCAUUAAUCCAGCAAGAUAAUAAAAGGAAGAUGUUUACAAUGCCUUUGGUCUCCUGUCCAGCGACAUUGAGGUCAGGGGACCAUCUAGGGAGACAUCCUAUGUAAUAUUCAUGUUUACAUAUAUUGAUACUUGUAAAUUAUGUAUAUAGUGUAAUUUUUAUUCACUGCAAAUUCUCUUUCCUUCAGUCCAAAGCAGCAGUAUCAAUGGGGAUGAUUCUAUCUUCUGCAGAUAUGACAGAUGGUAACAAAUAACAAUUUAAUUGUACAACCUAUAUAACACCUGCUACUCCAUCGCCUCAACGUGCACUUCUAACUACUACAAUAACGAAUCCUCAAGGUAUGCUGUAUAGCAAAUUUAUAAGUGAAAUAUAUGUGCUGCUGCUUUGGACUAAAAGGAAAGAGAAUUUACAAUGAGUAAAAAAUUAUACUUUCCUUUGCGUCUUGCAGCAGCAGCACCAAUAGGGAUAUGGCAAUUAACCAUUAGGGGGGAGUUUAGCAGCACCAGUCUACUGAAAGCUGGUUGUCCGGAUUCUCCAAUAUCCACCUGAAGUACUCAACAAACGUGUGAGACAAAGGUUGUUCAAUAGGGAUCCAUUUCUUUUUCUGGCCAUGGAGUUGACACUCCUGUGAGUGACUCUUAUCAGCUGCGGUUCUUAUAACCCAGCUUGUGUAUAGUAAAUGGAAAUGGUCUCCAUCUGGAUAAAGCAGCUUAGAUACUUUUCCUGAGGGGGACUGAAAGAGAUGCUAAGAGUUCUAACCAUAUCCAGAGUGAAGUCUCUUCUGCUCUUUAGGAACUCUGUUCACCAUUAAUUCAAUCUGGUGGUUAAUGUUGUUGAAUGAGGGCACCUUAGGAGUGAAGUAGGUAAAGUUCUCAAAAGAACUGUCUUGAAGAAAAAUUAGGUAGGGUCAAUGGCUGCUUAAAGGGGUACUCCGGUGGAAAACUUUUUAUUUUAUUUUUUUUAUCAACUGGUGCCAGUUGGAAGGAUUAAGGUUUUUUAAUAGAAUUUACAAAUCUGUUUUACUUUCCGGAGCCAGUUGAUAUAUAAAAAAAAGUUUUGGCCUGGAAUACCCCUUUAACCACAUUCAGUUGGGUUAACAGGGGCAGAUGGUAAUGACUGAAAUCUGUUCCUAUUUCAUCUUGUAAGACCUUUGGUAUAGGUUGAAAAGCAUAUGUUAGACAGGAUGGAUAUUACAUCCAGAGCCCCUGGCCUCUCUCUUCUAAGCAAGGAGCAGAAGGGUGCUACCUUGCCAUUUUUUGUAAGUUGCCAUUGGUCCACUGGGAAAACCCAGAGGUCUGUGUUUGGAAGAUCAUCUGAUCCAGACUGGUAGGAAGAUGGAAUAUUUCCCAUUGGUGCUGUUGCUGUGGGACAAAAAGGAAAUUACAAAUGGCUACCAAUGAAUUAUGUGAUCUGUGCAUAUUUAAGAAAAUAUUCUAAAACACUAAAGAAUAACUCCGAUCUGAGUCUUAUAAACCCCCUAUGUACGAGUAACUGCAAUAAAUGUGCUGCUGUGUGAUUGGGGAGAAUUGUUUACAGUAUUAAUAAAAUACAAUGGAAAUAUAUGAGGAUGGUGUGUGCUUUCUGUGACUUCAGGUUGUAUGAAGCUCGAGUCAGUUGCAACCCUCUAUGGCUUUAUUCUACACACACAUGUAAUUCUAGGACAUAUUCAAAGUGUAGGAAAACAUUCUGCAUAAGCCACUGGUGACUGAAUAGUCCUAGAGAUUAAAAGUGGCCCUAGAUACAUCAGUAGUUUAGCAAUCACCAAAUGAAAAGUAAUCAUAUAGUAUCUGGAGAUUUUACCCCAAAAAGGAGAUUUUUUUUUCUGCACACCCUAAAAUUUCUCUCUCGUAGCCUUCAUUGGGGGACACCGAUACUGAUGAGUAUAUGCUCUUGCCACUAGGAGGCGCUGACACUAAGGAAAAAAAGUCAGGUCCUCCCUGGCAGGAUAUACCCAUAAUCAGUUUUGUCACAAAGCAGUAGGAGAAGCCAACAAAGAAAUAUGCCCGAAGGACCCCAGAAAAGAAUCCCGGACAAAAAACCCAAGAACUGGAAAAGAUUAUCUGGACAAAAAAAAAGAAGAAAUGGGUGGGUGCGG